AUGUGGCAACCAGAAUUCCUCUGCCGUCCUCGGCGCGACCACAUCCUCCCACCUUCAGCAAUCCUCCAGCCUCAAGUCUCGCCUCUCCUCGCCCUCCCUCCUGAGCUACGCAACAGAAUCUGGCACCAUCUCUUCUUGGGCCCCACAAACAACAUCUUCCACAUUUGUCAAGAACAGCUUGAGCCUCCAAUCCUCACGACCUGUUCCAAACUCCGCUCCGAAGUCUCUGGGAUAUUCUACUCCUCUACAAUCCUUCGAUCCAACGAUCCGAAACUCAUCAUCUGCACAUUGAGCUCUCUCAAUUCAGAUCUCGUGGGACGUAUCCCUGAAAUACGAUACGACACUUCAGAGACAUGUACGGAGGUCACGAGUUGGAGGCUGGCGUUUAGGCGCUUGCCGGGUUUGGACGAGGACUUGAAGUUGCAGACACUGAGGGAUAUGUUGAAGGCGAACGGUGUGGUGUUGAGGGAUGGUGUCUUGAAGGUGAAGGUCAGGAUUGGUAAUAGGGAGGUCUGGACGAGUGAGCCUCUGCAAGAGGCAUUGGAGGGUGUGAAGAAAGGGGAAGUGGUGGGCAGGAUGAUGUUUGUCUGA